GACAUCAGUGUAUGUAAAGGAGAGGCUGUAGAAGAAGAUCGCACGCCAGCAAUGGAGGAAGAGCUGAAGUGCCCGGUGUGUGGCUCGUUUUUCCGGGAGCCGCUGAUCCUGCCCUGCUCCCACAACGUGUGCCUGCCCUGUGCCCGCACCAUCGUGGUCCAGACCCCGGAGAGCGAGCACCUACCUCAUGCCGCCCGGCCCAUGUUGCUGAUGGGGGCCGAUUAUGAUUACCCGGAUCACCUGGAUAAAAUGAGCCUGCACAGCGAGACGGACAGCGGCUACGGCUCCUAUACCCCCAGCCUUAAGUCACCCAAUGGGGUCAGGGUGCUGCCACCCGCUCCUGCCCCGAGCUUGGGUGCUUCCGCCGGAGCAUCCUCCCGAGGGCUGCACGGCAACGUGUGCAGUUCUUCCUCCAUCACCUGUCCGCAGUGCCAUCGCAGCGCAUCACUGGACGAGAGGGGACUGCGGGGCUUUCAGCGCAAUCGGCUGCUGGAGACCAUAGUGCAGAGGUACCAGCAAGAGCGCGGGGCAGCGCAGGCUGACGCAGAGGGCAGCGGCACGCCAGAGGCAGCUGGAGGACUUAGCAAUGCCAGGUGUCAACUGUGCGACACGAACCCAGCCGAGGCCGCGGUUAUGUGUGAGCAGUGCGAUGUCCUGUACUGUUCUUCCUGCCAGAAAAAGUGUCACCCUAUCAGAGGACCUUUCGCCAAGCACAGGCUGGUGUCACCGGCUCAGCUAGUGCCUUCCAGCGCCAGCAGACAGAAACUGGCCUGCACAGCUGUAGCGCAUCCUAACACGGCCCGAAAAUUUCCAACCUGCACUGAUCAUGAGCUGGAGAACUAUAGCAUGUAUUGUCUAAAUUGUAGGACACCUGUGUGCUUCCAGUGUCAGCAGGAGGGAAAGCAUGCCAAGCAUGAGAUGAAAGCACUUGGGAUUAUGUGGAAGCAACACAAGGCUCAGCUUUCCCAGGCUUUAAGUGGAGUUUCUGAUAAAGCAAAAGAAGCCAAAGAAUUCUUGGUUCAGCUAAAGAAUAUACUUCAACAAGUCCAGGAAAAUGGUCUGGAAUAUGAAGCAUGCUUGGUUGCCCAAUGUGAUGCUCUGGUUGAUGCAUUAAACCGCCAGAAAGCGAAAUUGCUUACCAAAGUCACAAAAGAACGAGAACAUAAAUUCAAGGUUGUCUGGGACCAGAUAAAUCAUUGUACACUCAAACUUCGCCAGUCGACUGGGCUGAUGGAAUACUGCCUUGAAGUAAUCAAGGAAAAUGAUCCCUCUGGUUUCUUACAGAUUUCAGAUGCUUUGAUAAAACGAGUUCAAGGCUCUCAAGAUCAGUGGGUAAAAGGUGCCUUAGAACCCAAAGUCUCUCCUGAGUUUGACCUUACAUUGGACAGCGAGCCUUUGUUGCAGGCCAUUCACCAGCUGGAUUUCAUUCAGAUGAAAUUUCCCGUUACAGUACCCCCAGUACCACUACUGCAACUGGAAAAAUGCUGCACUAGAAAUAACAGCGUCACUCUUGCAUGGAGAAUGCCACCCUUUGCCCACAACCCUGUAGAAGGAUAUAUUCUCGAGUUGGAUGAUGGAGAUGGAGGUCCAUUUAGGGAAGUUUAUGUGGGUAAAGAAACUUUGUGCACAAUUGACGGUCUUCACUUUAACAGCACUUACAAUGCAAGAGUCAAGGCCUUUAACUCAACAGGACUUGGACCUUAUAGUAAGACCGUCGUUUUGCAGACAUCUGAUGGUAAGUAA